UAGUCCUGUCUUCAUUGGAGGGAAGUGACUGGCCAGACCUGGGCUGUCUUGCUGGCUGCCUUCCUUGCUGGGCUUCAGCUUAUCUCCUAUGUACACAGCCCUUGGAGUUCAGAGGCCUCUCCUGACCUCUGCCCAACCUCUCCCUCUCUGCACCCAUGCCCCCACUGGUACACACAGGAGCAGAGGCAGACAAGGCAGGCAAAGACUAGGAAAGAGGAGAGGGGGCUGGAGACGGGCUGCCAGAGGGCUCAGAAGCCCAGCGCACCUCCCUGUCCCAACUCUGUCCACCUGCUGCUGUGGCCACAGCAACAGAAGAGACAGCUAGUAAGACAGGAAGUGAGGCCCGGUACCUUGUGGACAGUGGUGUCAUUAGCUGCGACAUCUAAGAUGUCUCAAGAGAUGGGAGAGCUCACCCAAACCAGGUUGCAGAAGAUCUGGAUUCCACACAGCAGCGGAAGCAGCGGGCUGCAACGGAGGAGGGGCUCAACCAUACCCCAGUUUACCAAUUCCCCUACAAUGGUGAUCAUGGUGGGUUUACCAGCUCGAGGAAAGACCUACAUCUCCACGAAGCUGACAAGAUAUCUCAACUGGAUAGGAACACCAACUAAAGUGUUUAAUUUAGGCCAGUAUCGCCGAGAAGCAGUGAGCUACAAGAACUACGAAUUCUUUCUCCCAGACAACAUGGAGGCCCUACUUAUCAGGAAGCAGUGUGCCCUGGAAGCCCUGAAAGAUGUCCAUGACUAUCUCAGCCAUGAGGAAGGUCAUGUUGCGGUUUUUGAUGCCACCAACACUACCAGAGAACGACGGUCACUGAUUCUGCAGUUUGCUAAAGAACAUGGUUACAAGGUCUUUUUCAUUGAGUCCAUCUGUAAUGACCCUGGCAUCAUUGCAGAAAACAUUAGGCAAGUGAAACUUGGCAGCCCUGAUUACAUAGACUGUGACAGGGAAAAAGUUCUGGAAGACUUUCUAAAGAGAAUAGAGUGCUACGAGGUCAACUACCAACCCUUGGAUGAUGAACUGGACAGCCACCUGUCCUACAUCAAGAUCUUCGACGUGGGCAUGCGCUACAUGGUGAACCGAGUGCAGGACCACAUUCAAAGUCGCACAGUCUACUAUCUCAUGAACAUCCACGUCACACCUCGCUCCAUCUACCUAUGCCGGCACGGUGAGAGUGAACUCAACCUCAGAGGCCGCAUCGGAGGUGACUCUGGUCUCUCAGCUCGAGGAAAGCAGUAUGCCUAUGCCCUGGCCAACUUCAUUCGAUCCCAGGGCAUCAGCUCUCUGAAGGUGUGGACCAGCCACAUGAAGAGGACUAUCCAGACAGCUGAGGCCCUGGGUGUCCCCUACGAGCAGUGGAAGGCCCUGAAUGAGAUUGACGCGGGUGUCUGUGAGGAAAUGACCUAUGAGGAAAUCCAGGAACACUACCCUGAAGAAUUUGCACUUCGGGACCAAGAUAAAUAUCGAUACCGCUAUCCCAAGGGAGAGUCCUAUGAGGAUCUGGUUCAGCGUCUGGAGCCAGUUAUAAUGGAGCUCGAACGGCAGGAAAAUGUACUGGUGAUCUGCCACCAGGCUGUCAUGCGGUGCCUCCUGGCCUACUUCCUGGAUAAGAGUUCAGAUGAGCUGCCGUAUCUCAGGUGCCCUCUGCACACAGUGCUCAAACUCACACCUGUGGCUUAUGGCUGCAAAGUGGAGUCCAUUUACCUGAACGUGGAGGCCGUAAACACACACCGGGAGAAGCCUGAGAAUGUGGACAUCACCCGAGAAUCUGAGGAAGCCCUGGACACCGUCCCUGCCCACUACUGAGGCCUUUCCAAGAGGUUAAACUGCCACUGUCCUCACUGUCUUCUACCUUUAAGAGCUGCUAUCCUUGCUCUUCUCCUACCCUGAGAAGACUCUAGACUUGGCCACACUGGAAGGGCCCCUCAGCAAAUUCAAAACAGGUCUCAAUUUCUAGCUACAACCAAGGAGCACUGUCUAGCUCUGUGUCAAACUUUCUUAAUUCCUAUUCUCUGUUUAAUAAAGACUUUUCUUACUGCCU